CGGCGUUUAUAUGGGGGCGGCGCGAGGCGCCGCCGAGUUCCAGCAGUUCGCUCGCCGCCGUGCAGCCGCUGUCGCCGCCUUGGCCGGGCACCCGCCGUCCCACGCCUGCGGGGAGCGAGACGGGACCAUUUCGGAUCUCAAGCAGACGGCCCCCCUCCUGUCUAGUCGUGGCUUUUCCAAACCCUCCGAGGAGAGCGGGAUCGUUCGGUCCUUCCUGCAUUUCCGACCAUUACAGGAUCUAGAAAUGUCUACAACGCUUUUAUCUGCCUUCUACGACAUCGACUUCUUGUGCAAGACCGAGAAGUCCCUGACCAACCUGAGCAGCAUGCUGGACAAGAAGGCAGUGGGCACCCCGGUGACCUCGCCCAGCUCCAGCUUCGCGCCGGGAUUCCUGCGGAGGCACUCGACCAGCAACCUGCAGGCUCUGGCUAACAGCUCCAAGUUCCCCAGCCCCACGGGCUCCAGCUCUUCCUCCUCCUCCUCCUCCUCGUUCGGCAGCUUGAAGGAGACGGGCACCGGCGGCGGCGGCGGGAGCAGCAGCCCCACCGCCCUGCUCAACAAGGAGAACAAGUUCCGGGACCGCUCCUUCAGCGAGAACGGCGAGCGCAGCCAGCACCUCAUGCAGCAGCUCCAGCAGCAGCAGCAGGCGGUGGCGGCCGGCAAGGGGGGCGGCUCGGGCGGUGGCGGCGCCCCCAUCAACUCGACGCGCUACAAGACGGAGCUGUGCCGCCCCUUCGAGGAGAGCGGCGCCUGCAAGUACGGCGAGAAGUGCCAGUUCGCCCACGGCUUCCACGAGCUGCGCAGCCUCACCCGCCACCCCAAGUACAAGACCGAGCUCUGCCGCACCUUCCACACCAUCGGCUUCUGCCCCUACGGCCCGCGCUGCCACUUCAUCCACAACGCCGACGAGCGCCGCCCCGCGCCCGGCGCCGGCACCGCCGCCGCCUCCCCCGCCGCCGCCGGCCCGCACCACCACCACCACGCGCACCACCCGCCCCCGCACGCCGCCGGCAGCACCGGCGACCUGCGCGCCUUCGCCCCCCGCGACCACCCGCUGGGCGGCGGCUUCGGGCACCAGCGCGGCGGCGAGCGGCCCAAGCUGCACCACAGCCUGAGCUUCUCCGGCUUCUCGGCGCAUCACCACCACCACCACCACCACCACCCGCACGGUGCCGCGCCGCCGCAGCCGCCGCCGCCGCCGCAGCAGCCCGGCGGCCGCCUCGACGCCGCCCUGCUGGAGAGCCCUGGCGGGUCGCGCACGCCGCCGCCGCCCGCCUCCGCCUCUUACUGCGAGGAGCUGCUCUCGCCGCCCUGCGCCAACAACGCCUUCGCCUUCUCGGGCCAGGAGCUGGGCAGCCUCAUCGCGCCGCUCGCCAUCCACACCCAGAACUUCGCCGCCAGCGCCGCGGCCGCCGCCGCCGCGGCCGCCGCCGCCGCCUACUACCGCUGCCAGCAGCAGGCGGCGGCGCCAGGCGGCGGCUGCCCGCCGCCCCCCGCCUCGCCGCCCUUCAGCUUCCAGCCCCUGCGCCGCCUCUCCGAGUCGCCCGUCUUCGACGCGCCGCCGAGCCCCCCGGACUCCCUCUCCGACCGCGAGAGCUACCUGAGCGGCUCGCUCAGCUCCGGCAGCCUCAGCGGCUCCGAGUCGCCUAGCCUGGACUCCGGCCGGCGCCUGCCCAUCUUCAGCCGCCUCUCCAUCUCCGACGACUAGGGGGAGAGCGGGCGGCCGCGCCGCGGCCCUCCGCCUGCCCCCGCCUCGGUUGCCGAGCAAGUAAGUGAACGAGCGAAGAAAGUGAGAUUUUCUUUCUUUUUUUUUAAUCUAUCUAUCUAUAUAUAAAUAUAUAUAUAUGUACACACCGAGAGCUGAACAAAAACGCAAAAAAUAAUUUUGCAAAAGGGCAAAUGACAUGAACUGAACAAACCUAUUUUUAUAGAGAGACCUUGGAAGAAGGGGAUUUUUGUUCUGUUUUUUUUUUUGUUGUUGUUGUUCUUUGGAGACAAGUUAUAAUACGCACCAGCAGCAGCCAUUCCAUCUGUGUGUUUUUUGUUUUUUUUUUUUUUUUAAAAAAAAAGCAUUAGAGAAAGACACCACCAGAAAGCAACAAACAAUCUGGGGAGCCUGAGUUCUGCCUUCCAAGCUCCUCCAAAUCUUCAGACACACAAAUAAGUUACUAAGUAGUUUGUCUUUCAAUCCAAUUUAAAUAAAAACACAGAACAUACUAAACCUAUAAGCUUUUUAAAAAGAAAAAAAAAUCCAACAUCCUGCCAAGAAUAUGCCUUGAUAACAACCUUCUUUUUUAUAUAUCUAUAUAUUAUUAUUAUAACAAAUGCUAAAACCUUCAUUCCAAAGUUUAAUAUUGGUUCCAUUGCCACCACUUAGUGGAUGUUUGGCUUAGAACAAUUUUUUUUGUUGUUGCUUUAUUUGGAAGCACUCAACUGAGUUUAGUUUGUAAUUGUUGGAGAAUAACUGCUGAUUUUUUUUUAAUUUUUUUAGCUGUUUGAGUUGAUUGCAUGAAUGAGUCACUGCACACAACUCAAUAUGAAACUAUUUAACUUAUUUAUUAUCUUGUGAAAAGUAUACAUUGGUAAUUUGUUCAUACUGUAUUUAUCGGGUAUGAUGAAAAGCAAUAGAUAUAUAUUCUUUUAUUAUGUUUAAAUUAUGAUUGCCAUUAUUAAUCGGCGAAAUGUGGAGUGUGUUCUUUUCACAGUAAUAUAUGCCUUUUUGUAACUUCACUUGGUUAUUUUAUUGUAAAUGAGUAAAAUUCUUAAUUUAAGAGAUUGUAUGUAAUAUUUAUUUCAUUAAUUUCUUUCCUUGUUUACGUAAAUCUGAAAGAUUGCAUGGUUUCUUUACAGAAAUCGGUCUCGAUGCUGUGGAAGUAGUUUGAGGAAUUUCUAUGUUUUUUUUUAUUUUUUUUUUUUUAGAAUGUAAAUGGUUGUAGCCCGUCCGAGUUGAAAAACAAAUGGAAAAAAAAAAAAAGAAAAAAAAAAAAAAAGACUUGCUUAGCAAUCAGACUUCAAAGUGGCAAAUCUAAUUCAAACUUGUUGAAAGUAACCAAAAAGUAUUUUGUUGCCUAACUCCACCAAUCACACUGUGAUAUAAUCUCAAAGUAUGUAGCAAUAAUUGGGGGUCCCCAGUAUUACGUCUCACAGUGCCUUCUUGAGGGUCCAUGCUUGCCUUAAAUAUUUCUCAACCAAAUAAGUAUUUUUUCCUAAUGCUUGAGAUAAUUUGAAUGUAGGGAUGGGUUUUAACUACAACAAAAUCUCACCACUUUUUAUUUUAUAAGAAUGGAGGCCAUCUUUGGAUCUGAAACUUUAUACAGUACAUAAACAUAUCUUGUUUAAUUGAAUUCCAAAACUUAUAGGUUUUUUUUCUUAUGUAGAGAGUCGGGAGUUUUCCAAAACUUUCCUGGACGGUGGAUGAAUGAGCAGUAGCUUAGUUUUGUUUGUACAUAGGUACAGAUUGAGCACUAUGUACUCUUUUGGACUACUUUAACAGAAGUAUGUUUUGAAUGUAACUAAAGGAUAAGUCAACUUGAGUUGUAAUAUAUUUUUCGGGAGUCAGUUCACUACAGAUUGUGUGAGACUGUAAACUUUGUACUGUAAAUGUUUUGUAGUUCUCCCAAUAAAAAAUUUUUUGAAAAAAAAAAAAAACACCCCACCAAACAAAAACACCCCCACCAAACACAACAGCCCUUCCACCUGUUGAAGCCUCGGCUGAGAGGCAGUGAGUGUUUCUUGCUGGUGCCCCCCUCAGAAGUGUGCCUAAUUACUGAUUAACUUGCUUGGGCCGCGGUCGUUUCCCGCUCUCGUCCUUCCCCCCCCUUCCCCGCGCCGCGGCGGCGGGGGCCGGGCCGCAGCGCCCGGACUCUUCCAGAAGGUUCCGGGGGCAGCGCCGGCCCGGCGGCCUCCCGUUUUUUCGGAAGAGGCGCAAACCUCUGCUGCUCGGCUCUCCGCAGCUGGCAUGGAAAAACCUAGCGCUGCACAUUGAUCAGUAACAUCGCUUGUGGGAGGGGGGGAGGAGGGGGGUGUUAACAUGCCAUUAGCCUUCAGUGCUUGCUUGGGAUCAAGGAGGAAGUGGCAGUUUGGGUAAUAAAAAGGCGUAAUUAAAGUUCACCCUUUGUCCCAAAAGCUUUGUUCCCCUUCGGUUAAAGGAAUGCAGACCUCUGCUUUAACGCUUCAUCAGCGAGCGUGUAUCGGUUUUAAUCACACUAGCCUUAGAUGUUUCAGUCUGUUUUCAGGGCUUGUGUUUUAAACAAAUUACUUCUCUGAGGCUGUAUUUAUAUAACAGAAUACUCAGUGGCCUGAGGAUUGUGUAUUUGUUGAUGCUGGAGGAAUUUUUUAGAUGAUAACUCCAUAAAACCAGUUUUCUGUUCCAAUCAGUCCCCUAAACUCUAAAUCAUGAGUUCUACAGGCUUAUUUUGGUUCUUUUGUCAUACUAAUAAUAAAUGUUGUUAACGUUAUGGCAUCUCUGUACUGUCUGGACUGCUACAGUACUUUCUAUAAAUACAAGGUAGAAUGUAAUACCGGUGCCAUAUGUUUGUAUAACAAACCUUGGACUGACUCUCAGUUUAAAUUUAAAACAAACGUAAGCAGUAUAUGACAACACAGUCCAGCUACAGCAAUCGCCCUUUUUUAUGGAUUAGGUUGACUUGUUUGCUCAGAAUGGUUUCCUUUAUUCCCCAAUCAAUUUCUGGAUAUUUUUUUUUGGUGCUGCUUGUACAGCACCUAGCACACCAAGGUCCUUCCCACUCAGGCUCCCAGUGCGUCUGCAGUGCAAAUAUUAUGUCUACGAGGAGAAGGAGUUCUCAAGUGUUGCUCAAAGCAGGAACAAAAAGCAGCUGUUAGUUUAGCUGGUGUCUAAGCUAAUGUCUUAAUAACUCAUUUUCAGAUUUUGAAACUAAUUGUCAAGCUAGAACUGCAUAAAUUAGGGGUGCACGCCAUUUACUUAGUUUCGUAAUUCUUUUUUCCCUAGGUAUGUUCACUUCUGUCCCUUGCCCAACUUCUCCCCCAAGCCUGCCUUUUUCUUUCCAAAGUAGAUAAGAACAUUAUUUAUUGCUAAAUUUCACUUACCUAGGGCAGCUGUAUUCCAUCAGUUCAAUACUUUGUCUUUUAUACACUUUUCUGUCCAUUGAAUGUGAUCUUAAUGUGAGUCAUGGUGGUUCAGUUUGGUGUUUCCUGGGUGGAAUAAGAAUCUUGAAAGUUCAGCAGCAGCUGUUCUGUGUUAAACACAACUGCACUGGUGUUAAUUCCAGCAUUUUGUGUGUUGAAAAUGCUGCCAGGAAAGCAUGGGUAACAGUUUAUACAAGUCCCCCAGAAGAAGAGGGUGUGUGUUAGUAUGUGGGGAAAGCAGGGCCUAAGCACCUCUGUAUCCCUCUCAAAGUAAGUGAUACUCUGAGGCCAAUCAUGUACCGUAUUUUGUUAUAUCUCUGCAAAAGUGUAUUUCAAAACAGUCUGUUUCAAUGUUAUGUGCUGCUGUUCAGAAAACUAGAAGUCCUUGAACCGAGAAGAUAAAAGUGUCUGUUUCUUGUGCUGCACAAUCAAGUGUUAACCUUUAAACUGAUGACUUAGGUUGUUGAUUCAAGCAAAAGUUCUGUAGCUUUCAUUUCAGAAUUCAACGAAGUAUGUAAAGCUGGUCAGACCAUUCAGAAAUUUCCUGAUACCUUGCAAUAAAUCAAUACACUCUGCAUAAAAAAUAAAUUGUUUUUCUUCAAGA